CCCAAGCAAGCAGAGAGACAUACAGCUUCAGAGAGCACUUCUUUUGCAAGAAGGUGCCUUCUAUAUUCAGGAAGCUGAACAGAGUAAUGGCAGCCAAUGGAGUGUUUGCCUCCAGUGACAAGCAUGGAGGAAAGGAAAGCCGCAUCAAGAGAAUGCCACAUGGGAAGCCUCCGUUCACUCUUGGCAAAAUCAAGAAGGCCAUCCCGCCCCAUUGUUUCGAACGUUCCCUUCUCCGCUCAUUCUCCUAUGUGGUUUAUGAUCUGUGCAUAAGCUUUCUCCUCUGCUACAUUGCCAUCACAUACUUCGACCUCCUGCCAUCCCCGCUCUCCUGUGUUGCGUGGCCCAUGUACUGGAUUCUCCAAGGCAGCAUUCUCACUGGUGUUUGGGUUAUUUCUCAUGAAUGUGGUCACCAUGCCUUCAGUGACUACCGGUGGGUUGAUGACACAGUUGGCUUAAUCCUCCAUUCUGCACUUUUAGUCCCUUACUUUUCCUGGAAAUACAGCCACCGCCGCCAUCACUCAAACACAGGGUCCCUUGAGCGCGACGAAGUGUUCGUUCCAAAGCCUAAGUCUCGAAUCGCAUGGUAUUCCAAGUACCUAAACAACCCACCAGGCCGAGCUUUAAGUCUUGUUGUCACACUUCUGCUAGGCUGGCCCUUAUACCUAGCCUUCAACGUUUCAGGCCGACCCUAUGAUCGCUUUGCCUGUCACUAUGAUCCCUAUGGCCCCAUAUAUUCUGAUCGUGAAAGGCUUCAGAUUUACAUUUCUGAUCUUGGCAUUUUUGCUGCAACUUUUGUGCUCUACAGCAUCGCUGUGUCUCGAGGGCUGGCAUUUCUGAUAUGCAUUUAUGGGGUACCGUUACUUAUUGCUAAUGGUUUCCUUGUCACCAUCACAUACUUGCAGCACACUCACCCUGCAUUGCCACAUUAUGAUUCCUCUGAAUGGGAGUGGCUUAGAGGAGCUUUGGCAACCAUGGAUAGAGACUAUGGGAUCCUGAACAAGGUCUUCCAUAACAUUACAGACACGCAUAUAGCUCACCAUCUCUUCUCUAACAUGCCACAUUAUCAUGCAAUGGAGGCUACAAAAGCAAUCAAGCCAAUACUGGGUGAGUUCUAUCAGUUUGAUGAUACUCCAAUUUACAAGGCCUUAUGGAGGGAGACAAAAGAAUGCCUGUAUGUUGAUCCAGAUGACGGAGCUCCUGAAAAAGGCGUGUUCUGGUACCGGAACAAGUUUUGAUCCUGCUGCCUGCAAAAUCAUGCUAGCUAGAUGCAAGGGUAGGGUUCAAUCUGUGUAGCGUGUUGCUAAUAAAUGGGGGAGAAGGUGUUGUUGAGCUAAAAAUGUAAUGGACUUGUAAUGAAACUCAUCAACUUAUGAAUUCUUAUGAAAAUA